UUCCAGUUCGUCGUCAUCGCACUUUGCGUUUUUGCAUCACUGGCUGCCCACAAUCUUUGUGUCUAUGCGCAGGAAGGCAUUAAUAAUUAUUUGGAUGUUGAGACUCCAAAUUUUUUCCAAUACAAUUCACCACUGAGGCAACCGGAUAGUCUACGCUCGCCGCAAUACUUUGAUUUCCUGAGUACACUGUACCGCCGAGAUGCCGCUAAGGCGGAUCUUUUCCGUCCGUACGUGAGAUCCCGUCGGGCCGUUGUCGAUGCACCGCUCUCUGUGCCAUUAGAUGUGUCUUUGUCGCCUGUGGCACGCGUUGCAGCGUCGGGAGCUGCAUUGAUCGAUGAGCGCCCACGUCGCGCCAUCGUUUUCCGGCCGCUGUUUGUCUACAAGCAACAACAAAUUCGUAGGGAGGAGUUGUCGAAACGUCGUCGUCGCGUGUAAGGCAAUCUAACAAAAAAAAGCAAAGAUAAAACUCUUUAUCCUUUUUGGCCAUCUAAAAGUUACACUGCGAUCUUACGUUUUUAUUUUUUUUAUACUUAAUCUUUAUUCACAUUUUAUAUUUUACAUUUUGUACUUUGUAUUUAUGAAAUUGCAUUCGACCUUUUCUUGCAUCCACUUUACACUUCAAUCGCCCUUUUCACCCAUAAAUUCCUAAUUUUUUAUUAGCUUACAUACAUUCACUUAACUCAACGUUUAUAAUCAUUUUAAAGCAGCACAUUUUUUCGUAACUUAAAGAAAAGAAAAUAGAAUAUGGAAUAAUCUCGAAUUCCGUCACGAAACAUUGUUCAUAAAAUAUUUGUAUGAUGUUUUUUGUAUUUGUUUUUUGAUAUAUCCUUAUAUAUGUAUGUAUGUAUGCACUAAUUGGUCUAGACUUAGUUUCUUAUAAUUUAAGUAUGUGGAAUAAAAUUUGGAAUUCAAUUUCUUUCUUAACUGUUUAUCAGAGUGUUUCAUGUUGAGCAUAAUUUAAGGAGCGAAUAUUUGUUACUGUAAAACAUAACAAAUAUGUGUGAACCGAUUUUAGAUUUAUUAACUGUGUUGAAAAUAAGUUACAAAAUUAUGUAAAAGUAAAUUGUUAAAUUCUUUUUAGUCAAAAUCUAAAUGCACGCCAUUAUAACUAAUUUAUAAAUUUUAAAUAUUUAUGUAUAUACAUAACCAAAUAAAUGAACAU